AUGUCUCGGCAGUCGAUCUGCAGAAGCUUUGGAGGCGGAAGCAAAAGGGGAUACAGCUCUUGCUCUGCCAUUGGUGGUGGCUUCGGAGGAAGCGGGGGCAGAAGCAGGAUCAGCUAUAGCUCGUUCUCCACGUCCAGGGGAAUUGGAGGCGGUGGAUAUUGUGGAGGUUUUAGCAGCAGGAGCCUCCACAACCUGGGUGGCAGCGGAAGAAUUUCCAUGGGUGGCUCUUAUGGCGGUGGAUACGGAUGUAGAAUUGGUGGCUUUGGUGGAGGCUAUGGAGGAGGAUUUGGCAGCAUUGGAGGAGGCAUCCAACCGGUGCAGGUUGACCCAACCCUCCUGCGGCCAGUCCAUGUUGACAUUGAUCCUCAGAUCCAACAAGUGAAGUGCCAGGAGAAGGAACAGAUCAAGACCCUUAACAAUCAGUUUGCCUCUUUCAUUGACAAGGUCCGUUUCCUGGAGCAACAGAACAAGGUCCUCUCCACCAAGUGGGAGCUCCUCCAGCAGCAAGGGCCUUCAGGGCCGAGGAAGAACCUCGAUGUCAUCUUUGAAAAUUACAUCCAGAACCUGAGGAGGAAGCUGGAAUCUCUCCUGUCACAGAGGGGACAGUUGGAGUCAGAGCUGCAGAACAUGCGGCAGUACGUGGAGGAGUACAAAACCAAGUACGAAGACGAAAUCAACAGGCGCACCGCUGCUGAGAACGAGUUUGUGGUGCUCAAGAAGGCUGAAGCUGAGGCCUGGUACCAGAGCCGGUACGAAGAGCUGCAGAGCACUGCUGGAAGGCAUGGGGACAGCCUCCGCAACACCAAGAUAGAGAUCCAGGAGUUGACCAGGAACAUCCAGAGGCUGCGGGCUGAGAUUGAGAACGUGAAGAAGCAGAACCAGCAGCUGCAGGCAGCUAUUGCCGAGGCCGAGGAGCGGGGUGAGAUGGCCCUGAAGGACGCCAGGAGGAAACUGGAAGAGCUGGAAUGUGCCCUGAACAAAGACAAGGAGGAGCUGGCUCGCUUGCUGAAGGAGUACCAGGAGCUGCUGAACACCAAGAUUGCCCUGGACGUGGAGAUUGCCAUGUACAGGAAGCUGCUGGAGGGAGAGGAGAACAGGCUCUGUGGAGAUAACCCAUCCAAUGUAAAUGUCUCUGUGGUAGGCAGAACCACCAUUGGUGGAGGCAGAGUUGGUGGCUUUGGAGCCGGCAGUGGCCUGGGAGGAGGAGUAUGUGUGGUCGGAGGAGGAAACAUCGUUGGAGGCAACUGCGGUGUGGGAGGAGGAAUCCUCAGCGGUGGCUUCUCUUCUGGGAGUGGAAGAGUGUGCAGCUCCGGAGGUGGCAACUUCGUUGCAGGGGGUGGAUCCUCUUCUGUGCGGAGAUGUGUCACAACUACAACGGUCAAAUCUUCAGGUGUAAAAUACUGA